UGACGCUCAGAACGAAAAAAGUAAUGAUUGUGCAUUGACUAAAGAUUGAAUUUAAAACUUUGACAACAAUACGUUCAAUUCGGCCCUCUGUUAGUUUCACUUUCGUGCAGUUUACCAUCAUUAGCUCAGCGAGUUUGUUUUCCGAAUAUUAAUUCUUAACCAAUGAAAAGUGAUAACUGUCGUAAUUAUCUCCCUUCCAACAGAACUCAUUAAUAUAGAGCUUAGUUCAUUCAUCAAGCUAAUUCUACGCGUACAGAAAGGUUUGGUUUUAGCGGCCAAUGGCGCUAGAGAGAUGGCCGACCCCUUACACGUGCAUGGCGUGUGCCAAACAAUAACCCUAUUACACUUGAAUUGGAAAUUGCACAGAAUUCGAGCUCAUUGGUUCUUUUCUUUAUUGAGGGGAGACUGUAAGUGCGUUAAUGAAUUUUAAUAAAGGGAUUAAUUGUCUCAAGCCGAUUUGUUGGUAACAAAAAUGUUACACUUGAACACACAACUCCACGCAUGGUUACCGCUUGGAAAAAAAAUCGCGCCAAGAUUAUUAGUACGAAAAGCAGCUUCGAAAUACGAUAUAAAGUUAUGCAUCUGUAAUUUCCUCUACUCUACUAGCAGUUUUCACAGGUCCUAAUCUUGUCGGUCUAUGAAAAGAUACCCGUAACUGGUGAUUGCCGAAAUUUUUGUUAUCAAUUUCCCCCCGCAGAUGUUUCAUGAAUGAGUUAUUUUUUCCCAGCAAACCGGGUCAGCCGAGAGCUGGAACUUGCUACCGUGUCAACUAGGACAGGUUCAGCUGUCGUUAAGCGCACGCGCAGUAUUAAUUUUUAAACUGCGCGUGCGCAUCUGUUUGGAAACAGGUGCAUGUGAAGUGCAAAUGUUGUUAACACAAUGAUAAUGAUUGUCUCUUUCUUUACGGGCACUCUCAUUGCAUUUAAGAACAUUUUCACGCCAUGCUAGAAGGCUUCAGUUCACUGUGAAACGUCUCCGAGAUGAAUCGCGACAGUUUACUAAAUAAGACCCUUAGUCCUCCUCUGUCAUCUCGAGUGCCUAUUUCUCAUUCUAAUGGUAUUUCUUACUCUAAUUCUUCGCUUUCCGGAGGUCAGAUGAAUGAGCCAAGCUGGAUACCCUCGAUUCGUGGAUCUACUCACUCGCUGUCUUUCCCGUCAAGAUCUAACAACCUGAUUCCUCCGAGUGUGUUUGAUGGGUUCGACGACUCUCACCUACUCUCUGCCUCGCAGCUCGAACCGAUGCCGAAAUAUCUCUCGACGAAGCAGAACAAACCGUCUGGAUUCACGAGCCUGCACAGCUAUCACUCUGCACACGGGCAUGAUACGAGCACGUAUGAUGCCCACGAUAUUCUGGAUCAAAUCUCGGCUUCGCUCCAGCCAACAGUAAGUGAGUCGGCGUUUGAUAAACCGUUCGAAACGCCGUCUCCGGUAACCGCCACGCCUGUCCACUCUUUACACUCUGCUAUCCACUCUGCUAUUAGCGUCGCGGCCAGUAGCGACGAUGUAAUGAAUCCGCGAGAGCUAGAGUGGUUUGCAGAACGCUUUAAACAAAGAAGAAUCAAGCUCGGAGUCACUCAAGCCGACGUAGGAGCUGCGCUAGCUCAUUUGAAAAUCCCUGGCGUUGGAUCGUUAAGCCAGUCCACGAUUUGUAGAUUUGAGUCGCUUACACUAAGCCACAAUAAUAUGAUGGCUUUAAAACCCGUGUUGACGGCAUGGCUAGAAGAGGCUGAAAAAGCUUACAAAUGCAAGAACACAACCAGCCAAUUCCUUCCUAAUUCGGAUAAAAAGAGGAAGCGAACAUCGAUUGGAGCUGCGGAGAAGCGUUCGCUGGAGGCCUACUUCGCGAUGAAUCCAAGACCUUCAAGCGACAAGAUAGCUUCAAUUGCAGAAAAACUAGACCUUUCAAAAAAUGUGGUGCGUGUUUGGUUCUGUAACCAGCGACAAAAAAAGAAAAGAAUGAAGUUCUCCGUACAUUGAAAGAUGAAAUAACUUGGAGUAAAAUGAAUUGAAUUUCCUUCCAAAAAUCCCGUCGGAAACACUCCAUGGAUCGACUAUCGUACGCGUGGAUGGCGAAACGGAGUGGUCAACGACAAUUUUGGAGUAAAUUACAAAUGGUGAAUCUUAUUUAUAUUAUAGACUGAAAAUUUUCGAGUCAAUGAACGAAGUAAGUCCUGAAUUUUAUUGCUGCUACUAUUAAACCACUGAAGUUUAUAUACGAAAGCCCGCCGCUACCUAAUGAACGGACGCGCUCGAAAAUGAGGGACACAACUCCAUCGAAAAGCGAUGCCUAUGCGAACUGCUAUGGAAGACGUUGUUAUCCUCGAGAGACUUGUCGCGAACAGCUUAACAGCCCGCAGGUAAAUAAUAUUCAGUGUAUACCCUAUUAGCUUAACAACUAAAGGAAGAAAUUCCGAAGCACAAAUCACUUCCGCCGAGUAGUAAAAUUAUUCAUCGUACAUUUUGCCACAAUUUCAUCGUAGUAACUAUCAGAGUUUCGAUUUUAGGCCCGAGAAUUGAUGAUAAUAAGGCCCGAAAUCAUUUUUCCUUACACCUGUUUCAUUUUGGCAAAAUCAAUUUCCCCAUUUAUGAAAAGUUGAAUGUAUUACUUGCAAUUUAUGUAAAUUUGGAGGUUCUUUGUGAAGAAAAGCCGUUAAGACGUUAUUAGUUUAGCACAGAAUCGAAGGAACUACAGAAAAUCGUUAAAUUAGACGAAAACAAAUAUGAAAACGUCCGUCGCUUUUCAAACGGUUUUUCUUCAAAUAGAACCACCACACACACAUCAAUUACGCGCCCGGGCUUGGCUUUGUUCAGCAGUGCAGUCCAAUGAAAGCGAUCCUUUUAAUUGCUUACAAACACUUCAGUAAAGAACUUAUACUGCUAGAUAGCAAUAAUGGCAUAGGCCCGGAAAGUAUAUGUAUUUAAAUAUAUAUUUUGAAAUUUUAUACGUUGAGGAAACUUUUAUGAAUUAAUCUUUACGAUGUAUAUUUAUUGACGCUGUACAAAUUUUACUGCUAGCACCAUAAUUUUAGUCAUUUUCUGAAACUCUAUUUCUUUUUGAUUCGCUGGUGCUGCGAAAAUGUUGUGAAAGGUUAAGUUAUCUAAAAGACCACAUAAAAUGAAAACCAGUUUUCUCAAUUUCCAGAUUUGUAAUGAAUUGUGCUUAAAUAGACGAGGAGUUUUAAUAAACUGAAGCUCAAGGAAAACA